AUGGGGGAGCCUGCCACUCAUGCCCUGGGACACGACGACAUCAUCUCCUCCCCGAGUACGCCAUACAUGCCUGGUGCGUUUCCUCCGGCCCAGGGAUGCAGAGAUGGAUGCGGGGAUGAUGAACCAUAUCUUGACUACUUGAUCCCUCUGAGAGGCAGGUCCUUUGCUGUUGCUGUGGUUCAAGGUGUCCAGGUGGACGCAUGUCCUCCCCUUCAUCAACUUGACUCCAUUAUUUCUUCAGCUUCGUUUUGGGCGCCAUUCUCAGCUUUGUGGAAGGCAGCCAGACAACUUACGAAUAAGAGAGCACUAAGUAUAUUGUCGUGGGUGUUGGUGGCGGAUUCUGAAAAGUUGCCGCCUUGCUUGCUUGGAUGCAGACAAGAACGUCCAUAG